GUGGUGGCUUGUUGUCGCCCUCGACGGGGCUCGUGUGUGGACGGCAGGGUAUAUAAAGGUAUGGGCUGACACCGGCGUGGCCUCUAAGAGCGAAACAUCACGGUAAGAAGGGGUCCGUUUGUUUCGGGGCUUUCGGAUGUCCAGCGGCUCUUCCUGAGAGGAUUUAACGCGCACGAGCAAAAUACAAAAGUGUGGAGCUCAUCAUGGUGCAGCUGUCUCCUUCCCCUACCAUGGAUAUUACCCCCCCACUUGAGCGCUUGGAGGAGGGCAGGAAAAGGCAAGAGGACCCAGUUACAGCUGGUAGCCCGAAGGUGGGUUCGCCCACUGGGCUAAGUGCCCUGCAGCUCAGCCUGGAGGUGUCCACUGCCUACCAUGGCUACGAAACCUACAUAGAAGAUGGCCUCAUCUGCCUCAAACACAAAGUCCGCAACUUGGAGAAAAAGAAGCUGAAACUGGAAGACUACAAGAAGAGGUUGAACCAGGGUGAAGCACUGAACAAGGAUCAGAUGGCGGCUGUGGAGAAGUAUGAAGAGGUAUUGCAUAACCUGGAAUUUGCCCGGGAGCUACACAAAACCCUGGAUGGCUUGACAGAGACGCUGCUGAGAGCCCAGAAGAAGGCGGUGAAAAAGGAGCAGGUGGCGAAGGUGGAGGUGGAGAGGAGGCGUCUGAGCACGGUGCUCCAGGUUCAGCAUCUCCUUCACAGCCUGCAGCAGGAGCAUGUUAGGAGAGACCUGCUGGCUGGACACAACCAGGCACCCCAGAUUCCAGCCAAACAGCUGCACAGCCUGAGUCAGCUCGCCACCCUGCUGGGAGUCAAGAGGGAUAACCGACUGAGUUUAACUGAGCAGAUGGAGCAAGCAGCUCUGGUCUACCUGGACCUGCUGGAGGGGAAAGACAUACCAGUGGCUGGAUCCACUUUUAAGUCGUUGAAAGAGGAGCUCACCAGGCUGAUGAAUUCCAGGUAUUUCAGUUGUCUUCCACCUCCACCCACCAAGACUCCAGAGGUGUUACUGAGCUCCACCAGCCACAGCAUAUCAAAGUCGAAAACAAAUGAAGCUUCUAAGGAGUUUUUCAACAGACUGUACCUGACUGACAUGGAGACUCCUCCCACUCAGAACUGGAAGGAGGACUUCCAGGGCAUGAGGGAGAGGGAGCCUCCUGACUGCUGGGACAUGGAGUUCCCAGAUGGACCCACCUCACCCCAUGCUGCAGUCCACAAACCAUGGAGAGGAGCAGCCACUUUCAUCCCCAAAGUCCCAGCCUGCACCAAGAAUCAGUCUGACUGCAAACAGAGAAAAGAGAGGAAAGCCAGAGGAGUGCAAAAUGUCAAGGCAGUACACAUGGACAUGCCUGUGGAGAUUUUCAACUCUCUGUCCACCUUACCCAAAGACCCGGUCCUGAGGAGGCAGCACCUGGAGGACCUAAUGACAAAGAUCCACGGCUCCUUCAGUUUCAUGCAGGACUCUCUUCUUGAUGGUGACAACUCUCCCACUAAAGGCCACCCUGGACUGAAGAGACGGCCUUCUGGAUCUCCCUCUCCUCUUGCUCAGACUGACUUGAGCCCAGUCGAUGUCCUGCCCAAAGUGAUGCAUUCCACCCCGCUGCCUAUCAGGCUGAUGGAGCGUAAAGCCAGUCUGUCCAGUAGGGACCAAUGCCUGGAGACCUGUGACCUGGAGCUUUCCUCAAAGGACCUACCUCAUGAGCCACUUCAGUUGGCUGAAGGAAAGGAGUUUCCCUCACCACCCCUGUACCACAGGGAGGCGACCAUCUCUGUGAGCGUGGAGGAGAAGAGCCGUCCUCGUACGCCGGUAACUGAGUCAGGUAAACAGUCUCCAUGUAAUGGGGUGGGAUCUUGCACCUCUACCCCUCCCCAGGGACAGACGUUCACUACCCCUCCUACCAGGAGAGCUCUCACUUCUGCACAGUUUCAGAACAUCCAAUCAGUCUUCAAGGUGAAUACGUCCUUACCCCAGAAUGGGGAACUGAGCUACAAACCAGACUCCCCAGUUUUCUCUGAGCCCAGGUACAGUACUGCCAGUACUCAAACACCACCUGAGUUUGCUCCCUCAGAAGACGAACCACAACCUGUGUACCAGUCGGAUUAUACAGUGGGAAAUGGUGGGCAGAUCUUCCUUUCCCCUGGCCAGUCAGGUGGAAGCACGAGUCGACCCAGCCAGUCAUACUACACCAAAGGAUCUGUGAGAGGUAUGGCACGAGGCGGCAAGGGACUGGCACAAACCUUUCGCUCUUCUGGUUGGCAUCGAGGAGGACCCUAUAUCCCCCAGACUCAUCUCAGGGACUGUGGCCCUCUACUCUAUGCUGCUAGAGACUCUGGAUACCAACACAGCUACAGACGUGGAGGAGGAAGACAUAACUCCAGUGCAGGCUGGAGUGAUUCUUCCCAGGUGAGUAGCCCAGACCGGGAGGGAGCCUUCACGAUUGUGGACUCGGGGCAUGGCGACUCGCUGUCAGUCUCCACCGUGGAGGUCCCGCUCACCCCCCACGGCCACCACCACACUGCUCUGCUUCCUAUGCAAGUCUACCCACUCUCCCAGCCUCUGCGAGUGGCCUUCACUGCCUCUCGCACUGCCAACUUCGCCCCGGGUAAUCUGGACCAGCCCAUAGUGUUCGACCAGCUGCACAGCAACCUGGGGGAGAUGUACGAUACCCAUAUUGGCCGCUUCACCUGCCCCGUCAAUGGAACCUAUGUCUUCAUCUUCCACAUCCUGAAGCUCGCCAUCAAUGUGCCGCUUUACAUCAAUCUCAUGCGCAACGAGGAUGUGAUGGUAUCGGCAUACGCCAACGACGGAGCCCCAGAUCAUGAGACGGCCAGCAACCACGCCAUCCUGCCUCUCUUCCAGGGUGACCAGGUUUGGCUCCGGUUGCAUCGUGGCGCCAUCUAUGGCAGCACCUGGAAGUACAGUACCUUCUCAGGCUUCCUGCUGUACCAGGAUUGAACUGCUGUCGGCCAAAUGGCCCUGUUCGCCCGAAAGUGUGGACUGUUUGCUUUGCACUGAAUGGUGAUUAAAAUGACAUUUCAGUGUUAUGGUCAGGCUGCAUGCAAGUGUCAUUUUCACCAUAAAGCUCAUUCAUAACAUAUGGUAUGCUUUUGGCCAUGAUCUGUAUUCACAGCCAUCAUCUUUAUUUGAAAUGGGAAUUGUGAUUAUGUGACAUCUACCAAAUAUGCCUGAUUCCCCAUCAACGUGUAGUUGACGAUGGUGGUGCUCAGUGUGACUGACACUAGUAUAGCUGGGCCUUGAUCACAUUAUCUUGCUGUAAAUCAUCCUGUAGUACAUCAGCUGUUCAGCCCACAGGUCACUGAUUUCAGUGAGAACUUUGAUGCAUUGUUUUGAAUUUGUGCCUUUGUUUUCUGAAUGGCUUUGGAUGUCUGACCAGAUGUUAAACGGCUAAUGAACUGAAUGAAUGGCUGACUUAAUGGAUGAAGUAUAACUGACUAUCAGCACUUUGCUUGAUGCCGGGCUCCUAUGCACUCAGUCUCAUCCUGCUGUAUGUGGAUGUGAAUCUGUGGAGGAAAGAUUGUUCUUGGUGGUGGGUGUGGUCUCAAACACUUGAGGCUAAAUUGUUGCACUAACAGACUACUGUGGAGACAUGGAAGUGGUCCCUUGAUGUGCCUAAUGUAAAAUAAAAGAUGAGCAGUUAAGUUUGCGUGCUUCAUCUUUAUUUUACCUGUUUUUACAGUGACACACAAAACUAAUGCAAGAUGGGUUUUAUUUACAUUGACAUGCAUCUUUUUCUUCCAACUGUGUCUACAGCAGUGAUGACUACUCCAAUUUAACAGGAAAAAGCUUGUGAUAAAUCACAGUGAUCACCUGAUCUGGGAUUUAGCCUAGCUUCUGAACCCAACCUGAACUGCACUUUGCACUUGGAGCUUUUACCAGCAGUUCCCAUUCACAAUAAACAGACAUGGGCCCACAGCUGUGCUAGCAGUUGUGUCAGGCUGUACUUGACCAUAUGGUUUCUUUGAGCUAAAUGCUGAUGUUGGUAGUUUGGUUUGAAGUAUAAGUUGAGAUAAAAUAGAGAUAUUGUCCUUUAUUCUUGUCAACAUAGUGCCUAGACUGGGGAACAGUCUUUCUGACAGCACAGACGUUGCAGGCACAGAUAUGUAUGCCGCUGCUAAUUUUGCAAGUCGGAUAUUUGUUUCAUUGGUUUUCCACCAGUCCAAGGGAUUGAUGUGGAGAGGUGGGCACUUGUCCUGGCAGUAAUGAUUUAGUUCAGUAGUUCUGUUUCAAUGUUGCGAUACUAUAUGGCCCAUUCCAUUACUGGGCGCCAGUAAAAUAAAACUGGCAAAUUAUUAUUAUUUUUUUUAAGAUAGUCACAUAAACUAUACAUUUUUCUUCAAAUUUAAUGACUAUUUGAAUAUUCAAAAAUCAUGACCCAUCCCUAACCAAGACAGCGACCCUGCCAAUUACUGUCGAUUGGUGGUGGUGGUGGUGGUGGUGGUGGUGUUGAACUGUUCGUCAACUGAUGCGUGUAGAGUGCCAUUUUGUGAAUUUUAUCACAAAAGCCCCUUAAGGAAGGAGUAAAGCUCUGCCCCUCUGGUACACAUAUUCAUGUACCCUACGGGAUGAACCGUAAUCAGAUCUGUUGUGGUAAAUUCUCACUAAAAUAUACAUGCGUUAUAAACAUACUGAAUGAUAAACUCCAAUUAAAUAGCUAUUUGCAUGACUGAGGUUAGAUUUGUCCGUUAACCAGCCUUUACUGAAGUAGGAUUGUUAUAGAAUGGAACCUAGAGGAAAUAAAGUUUUAAAAAAAAAAAAAAAAAAAAAAAAAAUUCUGAAGGGCCCUGGGAGCAAUGGUGUUGGAGUAGCAGCCGUAGUGAGGCCCAGGUUGAGGAUAGAUAGGAGCCUUAGUUGAGAAUUGAUAGGAGACUUUGAGGAUAGAUAGGGGACUUUCAGAAUAGAUAGGAGACUUUGAGGAUAGAUAUGAGACCUAGGUUGGGGAUAAAUUGGGGGGUUCUGGACACCUGGCACCACUACUAUACCCUGGCAUGCCUGGUUUGGGGAAAUUCCAUGCAGGGCUGGACACCAUUGUUCCCAUGGCGUUGAUAGGUUCGCUUAAGAAAAUAGGUAGAGAACCUAAGAAGGAACUACUGUAUAUAUAAUGAUGCAAGGGCACCCUGUCUUCAGUUCAGGUCCAGAUCUGAUGUCGCUUUUGUUCUUGUUGAAGAAUAAAUUCUUUUGCAUUGGA